UUCUGGGGCGCACGCGCAGAGACAGGAGACUGGGCGGGGCGUACGUCCCGCAGGGGUUACAGAGAAGAGAGCGCGUGGCGCUCCAGAGCUUGCGCACGCGUUGUGGUCUCGCCCCGCCCAUGAGCGUGCGCGCGCUGCCGUCGUAGCAUCUUUUCUUCAGACCCGCCCCCUUCUUCUACUUCACCUAGGGGAGGCUAGGAGCGAGAGCAGGGAAGUGUGGGGCGGGUAGGCGGGGCGUCGCACAGGAGCGCGGCCUGCGACCGAAGGGAGGGGGCGGGAGAGAUCCGAGACAACGUUACCCCGUCAACACCCAAUCGGGAUCCUGCCUGACCCCGCCCCCCUCUCCUCAUGUUAUUGGCUGAGAGGCUCCAUGGUGGGCGGGGCCGGCCGUGGGGUUGGGGAGGGCAGGGGGCGGGGAGGAGGAGGAAGGCGCUGGCGGGCAGUGAUGGCGGCGGGUGAUGGGGACUUGAAGCUAGGCACCCUGGGGAGUGGCAGCGAGAGCAGCAGCGACGGCAGCAGCGAGAGCCCGGGCGGCGCGGGAGCGGCAGCGGAAGGGGGCGGCUGGGCGGCGGCGGCGUUGGCUCUUCUGACGGGGGGCGGGGAGAUGCUGCUGAACGUGGCGCUGGUGGCGCUGGUGCUGCUGGGGGCCUACCGGCUGUGGGUGCGCUGGGGGCGGCGGGGUCUGGGGGCGGGGGCCGGGGCGGGCGAGGAGAGCCCCGCCGCCUCUCUGCCUCGCAUGAAGAAGCGGGACUUCAGCUUGGAGCAGCUGCGCCAAUACGAUGGGUCCCGCAACCCGCGCAUCCUGCUCGCGGUCAAUGGGAAAGUCUUCGACGUGACCAAAGGCAGCAAGUUCUACGGCCCGGCGGGUCCAUAUGGAAUAUUUGCUGGUAGGGAUGCCUCCAGAGGACUGGCAACAUUUUGCCUAGAUAAAGAUGCACUUAGAGAUGAAUAUGAUGAUCUCUCAGAUUUGAAUGCAGUACAAAUGGAGAGUGUUCGAGAAUGGGAAAUGCAGUUUAAAGAAAAAUAUGAUUAUGUAGGCAGACUCCUAAAACCAGGGGAAGAACCCUCAGAAUAUACAGAUGAAGAAGAUACCAAGGAUCACAAUAAACAGGAUUGAACUUUGUAAACAACCAAAGUCAGGGGCCUUCAGAACUGCAAUUCUUACUCCCUUUCACAGAAUGUCCGGCAUCUUUGGGUUUGAUUCACCUGCUGCGAAAAACAUUCAACAAAUUGUGUACAAGAUAAAUGAAUCUCACUAUGAAGAUUUGAAUACUAGACAUUAUUUAUGCUGCCAAUUCAUUUGUUGCAGUUGUUUGUACUGUCUAGUGGGGCUUCAUCAUCCUGAAAAGAAAGAGACAGGGAUUUUUUUUAAGAGCAAGAAAGUCACAGGAUUAUUUCUUUUCUUUCCUUCCUUUUUUCCUUCUUUCCUUCCUUCCUUUUUCUUUCCUGUUAAAAUAUAUUGAAGACAACCAGAUAUGUAUUUGAUACUCAAGUGUACAAAUCUCAAGAAACUUCAAGGGACUCCUAUGUCGCAUACUGUGUUUUUAUUUUACCAUUGGUGAGGCAGGAGACCGGAGCAGGGGAGGUGGCGGGGAUACACAACAAUUUGAGUAGUUUAGGCUACUGAAACAUUAAAAUGUAAAUUCCCAAACUGUCUUUUUUGGCUUCAUCAGAGAAAAGAAAAAUAUCUUUAUUUCUAAGAAAUCUUUGGAAAUUAAGAGGAGGAAUUUCAAGUGGGUUUAAGUCAGAACUAGUUCCCCAAUAGAAAGAUCACUUGAAACCAGUUUUUAUCCCUUCUCUUUCCUUCCCUUCCCCUCAAUCAAAUCAAUAUUAAUUGUGCCUUAUUUCACUUAACAUAGACUUGAAUUAUUUUUAGGGAAAGCCCCUAUUAUGAAUUCAGAAGUCACUACAAGCAGCAUUAAGACUGAAGUUGGAAUAUUCUGUUGACUACAAAACCUUGAUAUCAUUCUGUAUAUAUAGAAUGUAAAAGGAAUAUUCAGUGUUAACUGCCAUAUAUGUAAUAUACACAAACUUAAUUAGCAUUGUAAUGGCCAAAUGCAUUCCCCCUGUGCUUUUCUCUUUUCAAAGAAAUUGAAAAACAAAUCAGUUCUUAUCCCCUACAGCUGCCUAAUUUUAGGAGUCUGACCCUCCAUAUCUCACUGGUGUGGGUGCAUGGGGCUGUGGAGUGGAUGUCUGUGUGGGUGUGUCUGAAUGUGUGUGAGAGCGCCUUGGAAGGGACUCUUUCUGCAGAUACUGUAAAUACAAGUACCAUUUUAAUAAAGCAUGUACAAUAAACCAAAA